CGCCAUUGUGUGGAGAGCGAGGCUUUGGUGAGGGUGAACCUCUUUCGCGCGCUCUCCUCCUGCAAAACUGAGGUGAAUUACACGUCGAGAUGAACGGACGCGCCCGUGCGAAAGCCCGAGGGGUUUAUAGAGGAGAAGGAGCAUUUCAACAACCUGGUUCCCCCAGAGCGGGUUAUUCAGGGAGCAGUGAUCUCUUAGCUUUGGAGAGUGGGAGAGAAGGUGGCAAUGGCCGCACAAGAGAUGGAAAUAGUCCUCCAAAAUUCGGCUUUUCUGCUGGAAGUUCUGGCUAUAAAGUGAUGGAGAGAGGGGGAAAGAUCCGUUGUAACUUUGCAGACAUGGGAGUAAAUACCAGGGAGAAAAUGGAACAUGUCAGAGAUUCUAAAACAGGCUCCAGUGGAAUUCCUGUCAAGGUGGUUACCAACCUUUUUGGGUUAAACAUGCCUAGAGAAUGGCAGCUUUAUCAGUAUCAUGUGAAAUUUAACCCAGAGCUGGAAUCAAAGCGCCUGAAGUCUGCACUGCUAUACAGCCAUCCUGAUUUUAAAGGAAAACCAAUGGUUUUUGAUGGUGUAUCAACACUGUUUCUUGCACACAAACAGGAAAACCAGGUUACAGAACUGUCUUGUGAAACUCGAAGGAGUGAAACUGUGAAGAUGAUCAUUACUUUAAACCACCAGCUACAGUCCAGCAGCCCGGUGUCCAUUCAGUUUUUAAACGUCACCUUUAAGAAGAUUUUGAAAAAGUUAUCAAUGCAUCAAAUUGGACGUAACUUCUACAAUCCUUCAGAUCCAGUUGAAAUCCCCCAGCACAAACUGAGCCUUUGGCCAGGUUUUUCUAUGUCUGUUGGGCAGUAUGAAAACAGAGUGAUGGUCUGUGCAGAUGUGAGCCACAAAGUGCUCCGAAAUGAAAGUGUUUUAGAGUUCAUGACCAGCCUGUAUCAAAAUGUGGAUAGGGCACGUUUUGCAGAAAUGUGUGAAAAGGAACUGGUGGGGCUUAUUGUUCUUACAAGAUACAACAACAAGACUUAUCGUGUUGAUGAUAUUGAGUGGUCUGUGAAGCCAACAGAUUCAUUCGAGAAACGUGAUGGUACUCGUAUAUCUUACGAGGACUAUUAUAAACAGCAGUAUGAUUUAGUCUUAACUGACCUGAAUCAACCCCUGCUCGUGAGCCAACUGAAAAUCAAGGGCAGGAAGAACAUUGACAAACCUUGUGUGGUCCAUCUGGUUCCUGAACUCUGUUAUAUGACAGGUUUGAGCAGCCAUGCAAAGUCAAAUUUUCAUUUAAUGAAGGCUUUGGCUCAAGAAACGCACUUAUCCCCUGAAAGUAGACAUCAGCGUCUGUCUAGGCUUGCUGACAAUAUUCAAAGAAACAAAGAUGCUCGCUUGGAAUUAGAAAACUGGGGAUUGCAACUUGGAUGUCAGGCUUCCCUGACCGGCCGCGUGGUCCCCUCAGAAAAAAUCCUCAUGCAAAAUGAGAUGUGCAUGCCGAUGAAUGCUGGCGAUUGGCUCAGAGAUAUGCGGAACAUGAAGAUCAUUAAAGUGCCUCCUUUGGAGAACUGGAUGGUGGUGUGCAUUCACAGGAACAUGGAUUUGACCCAUGACCUUGUCAACUGUUUGAGAAGAGUGGGAGGCCCUAUGGGCUUUCGCAUUGAAUAUCCUAGAGUUGUUCAAGUACCAGAUAGCCCCCUGGCGUUUGUGCGAAUCCUGCAACAGCAUGUGAAUCCUGAACAACAGUUGGUGAUGUGUGUCCUGCCCUCGGAUCAGAAGGACUGUUACGAUUCUGUAAAGAAGUUUAUGAGUCUUGAGCAGCCGGUACCUAGUCAAUGUGUACUUGCUCGCACCCUGAGCAAGCAAAGAAUGAUGAUGAGUGUGGCCACAAAAAUUGCUCUGCAGAUCGCCUGUAAACUUGGAGGAGAGCUAUGGGCAGUUGAGAUACCUCUAAAAUCACUCAUGGUGGUUGGCAUUGAUGUCAACAAAGAUGCUGUGGCCAAAGGAACCUCAGUUGUUGGUUUUGUAGCCAGCACAAACACCUCAAUAACUAGGUGGUACUCGCACUGCGUAAUACAAAAAGCAGGAACCAUUACUGCAGAUUGUUUAAAGGUCUGCAUGGAAGGUGCUAUCAACAAAUGGCAAAGAUGUAAUGGAGAGCUGCCUGCACGGGUAAUUGUGUACCGUGAUGGCGUCGGAGAUGGGCAGCUGAGGAUGGUGGUGGACUAUGAGGUCCCACAGUUACUGAGUGUUCUUAAUGAAUGCGGUGGUGGUGUUAGAAGACCCAAACUGUCUAUGGUUGUAGUCAGGAAGAAAACCCUUUGUCGCUUCUUCACUGAAGCCAACAGGAGCCUGCAAAAUCCUCCUGUUGGGACAAUUAUUGACAUGGAGGCCACUCGACCUGAAUGGUAUGACUUUUUCUUAGUAAGUCAGCAUGCUCGCCAAGGGAGUGUGAAUCCUACUUACUAUAAUGUAAUCUAUGACGACAAUGGGUUAAAGCCAGACCAUAUGCAGCGCCUCACAUACAAAUUGUGCCAUCUGUACUUCAACUGGACUGGCCUAAUCCGAGUCCCAGCCCCAUGCCAAUAUGCCAGCAAGUUGACUUUUUUGGUGGGCCAAAGUAUCCAUAGAGAACCAAGCUUGGAACUUGCUGACAAGCUUUAUUAUUUGUGAAAAGUGUUGAGAUGACCUCUGUUAAGAGGAAGAAAAGAUUACAGAUGAUAGAGUUAAUUAAAAUGCAAACAUACCUAGAAGAGUUAUAUUUCUGUUAUGUUGAAUUGUUGCUUUUGGAAUUAAAGUUACAUACUCUGCUUACACAA